AUGGCGAAUACUGCCUUGUGCUAUGUGGCGUUGCGAGCCAAGAGCGCUUCGGACACACAGGCUGACGAUGGUGGGAUUCUUCCAGUCGUGGUAGCCGUAUACGUUGACUCAUUUCUAUUCGUCUUCGUGACGGCGAUUCUGAAAUAUGGACUGGGUGUCAACUCGGCAUAUGCUGUGUGCGACGCAGCCAUUCUGCUGUGUCUUGUUGGCUAUGUCAGCACCAAACUCAUUUACCUUUUCCUGGUCGAAAAAGCAUUCAUCAUUCGAGGCGGGAUGAAGACAAGGAUGAGGUCGAAGAUGUGGAUCUUCAAUGCUUUUGGCAUGCUGGGUCUUUACAGCAUCGUCAUAAUUCUGAAUUUUGUUUUUCGCAUUGCACAUCUCGACAACAACGGCAUGUGUGUCAUUGGGAUGGAACGUCCGGCGUUGUUACCGCUGAUUAUCUUUGAUUUGGUCGUUAAUGUUUAUCUCACCACAUUGUUCUUGAUACCCCUUUCAAGUCUGCAUUCUUUCAGGAAUGUCCAGCGAUCACAGCCGAGCCUAGAACUACGAAAGAUUGCGCUCCGAACUUUCAUCGGAUCACUCUGUACCCUGGCGAGCAGUAUUGUGAACCUUUCCGUUCUGACAGCCUUGAACGGAGAGCCAGGAUGGGGAAGACUUUCUAACAAGGACGGGUCCAAAGUACUAUUCUCAGCAAUAAUGGUCCACUGGGUGACAUACCAUGACCAUGUCGGAAGCCACAAAGGCAGGUCACCAGCAACAUCGAACAACGAACGGUCUCGCCAGAACGGGCGGCGCAGCCACAACGAAAGCGCCGGCGCCGUCUCAUCAACCGACGGCGGGACAUUCGUCCUGCGGAAUUCCGUCCCACCGUUAUAUCCGGAUCCGAACCAGUUCCCAUACCAGUACCGCAUGUACCCGAGGUACAACCCGAAGGGCAUGGUGGAGGACAUCGACAUCGCGGACCUGCGCUACGACCACCACCGGGAGCUCUUCGACAUCGAGAAAGGGCCCCGGCGCGUGGAAGCGGGCGAAUCCGCCGCCGAGCGCUGUGCGGACUGCGGCAAGGCCGACUCGGUGGCCGAAUCCGGCGUGAGCCUGGUGGGCUGCACGGAGACGAUCAGCGGCGGCAGCAAGGAGGCGUCGAACGCGGAUGACAGCCCGCAGAGCGGGGAAGGCUCGUCUAGCUCUAUGGAAACCACCAGCAUGCCUUGA